UGGAAAUAAAAAUCAUUGUGCAACAAGAACAUUUUAUUAUAUAUUAUAUCUUCAAUCACCUUCGUAUUUACCUAUCGAAAUACAUACUUGUAUAUAUAAGAAGUUAGAUAUUACAGUCUAACUAUUGGAAGUUUCUUAUUUCAUUGGAAAUUUCUUUAGUAUCGAUACCUCAAUCAUUUGGAGUUUAUCAGCUAGUCUAUUCUUGUUGAUAGGAGUUGUCUAAAGUUGAGGCUGAAGUAGUGAAUGCCAACGAAUAUUAGAUGUUUAAAUAUAAUUAUCGCUAGUUCGAAUGUCGGUUAAUAAUUAGUGGAUUUAUCACAAAACAUACUUGUUUUAUAUAGCAUUAUUUACUCACUUUCUUUUAUAAUUUAUUUUGUGGUUUAAAAUAUUUUUCUUUUUCUUUCACUUUUGGACAACUGUUUUAUGAAUCCAAGAAAAAAAAACCAGUGUCAAAAUGAUGGAUGGAAUUGAAGAAGUCACUAACAAUUUAAAAGAAGCUAGAUCAGAAACAGUGGAUUUAUCUGAUAAUUCAUUAGUUGUGGAUAUUUCUGAUGCACUAAGUGAAAAAGAUAAAGUCAAAUUUACUGUUCAUACCAAGACAGCAUUACCAGAAUUUCAAAAAACUGAUUUCACUGUUGUAAGACAACAUGAAGAGUUUGUUUGGCUUCAUGAUAGGUUUGAAGAAAAUGAAGAAUAUUCCGGAUACAUCAUCCCACCAGCUCCUCCACGACCAGAUUUUGAUGCCUCAAGAGAAAAAUUGCAGAAGCUUGGUGAAGGGGAAGGAACCAUUACCAAAGAGGAGUACAUUAAGAUGAAACAGGAAUUAGAAGCGGAAUAUUUAGCAACAUUUAAGAAGACAGUUGCCAUGCAUGAAGUAUUUCUUUGCCGGUUAGCUGCUCAUCCAGUGUUUAGAAAUGACCACAACUUUAGAGUUUUUCUAGAAUAUGACCAAGACCUGGCAGUUCGAUCAAAAAAUAAAAUGGAAAUGUUUGAGGGUUUUGUUAAAUCUUUGUCACACAGUACUGAUGAACUGUUGUUGUCAGCAACUGUUAAAGAUGUGAAUGAGUUCUUUGAACAACAAAAAAAUUUUCUAAUUGAAUACCAUAAUCAUUUAAAAGAUGCUACAGUUAAAGCAGAUAGAAUGACAUCAAAACACAAAGAAGUUGCUGAUUUAUACAUCAAAAUUUCAAUGUCUUUAAUGCAGCUGGCAACAACUGAUAAUACAGAUCUUGAAAAAUUUCUCACAAGAGUUGCAGAAACUUUUGAGAAAUUGAGGAAAACUGAGGCACGAGUUGCCUCAGAUGAAGAUCUCAAAUUGUCAGAUACUUUGAGAUAUUAUAUGAGAGAUACAUUUGCAGCAAAAAGACUUCUGUACAAGAGACUGAGAUGUUUAGCUAAUUAUGAAAAUGCAAAUAGAAACCUGGAAAAAGCAAGAUCCAAAAACAGGGAUAUUUUAGCCGCUGAGGCUGCCCAGCAAGAGGCAUGUGAUAAGUUUGAGCAUAUGUCUGAUAAAGGAAAAGAAGAACUUGUUGACUUCAAAUCCCGAAGAGUCUCUGCUUUUCGUAAAAACCUAAUUGACUUGGCAGAAUUAGAAAUAAAACAUGCUAAGGCUCAAAUACAAAUUUUGAAGUCAUCCAUUACAUCUCUUAAAAAUGGAGAAUAAUCAUUUUGCAUGAUAAUGUUUUUAAAGACAAUAAGUUAUUCUAUUCAAAUAUUAUAUACCUAUAUAUAUAUAUAUAUAUAUACAUUCCACUUACC